AUGUCGGGAAGCUCAAGAUGGCGCCAUGAUUAUCGACACCGAAAAGCACACCAGAGAUCUGAGUUCAAAUCCAGUCAAAAUCUACUCAUGGGGAAAAAUUUGAAUUCACUUUUCACAAUCUAUCUUUUCAUCAAGUGUUCUAACAAAUUUUAUUGGGGCGUUUUUCUUCUUUUCUUAUUUAUUUAUUUUACUCGCUUUGUUCUUUUGUCGCCUCAUUUUUAUUUAUUUCUGGCAAGUUUAACUUCUUUCUUCUUUUCUCUCUUUCUUUCGCUCUUUUCUUUUAUUCGUUCUUGUCUGCUUCAUUUCUUUACAAAUGACAAUAAGAAUAAUAUGUUUUUCAAACGAGUACUUCCCGAUCUAACUUUAUUCUCUUUCUUUGUUUUCAUCCUUUCUUUCUUUCUUUCUUUCUUUCUUUCUUUCUUUCUUAGAAAUCGUUUGUUUUUAUUAAAAGAAGGAAUGCGUCUUGCUUUGCGGUCUAAACUCAUUCUCUUUCUUGCUUUCUUUCCUUCUUUCGUUCUUUUUUUUUUAGAAAUUUGGUUCACGGUGUCACCUAAUUCUUUCUUUCUUUCCUUCUUUCUUUCCAUCUUUCUUUUUCCUUUCUUUCUUUCUUUCUUUCUUUCUUUCUUAGAAAUCGCUUGUUUUUUUAUUAGAAGAACGAGUGUGUCUAGGCCUAAUCUAAUUCCUUUUCUUUCUUUUUCCUUUCUUUUUUCUUUCUAA